GAAUUUAGAGAUGGUAUUUUUGAAUAUUGUUGCUGUUAUUCAGGUUCGAACAGAAAGAGAUGUUUAUAGGUCAAAUAUUUCCAGUACCUUAACAGUCGAUCCUGUAUUAACUUCAGAGAACCACAGACCGAGAUACCAAAGUAUCCAGUGGUAAUACUAGAAUCAUACCAUGAAUGACACCAACAGAGGCACAGUUAGCUGUCGUAAAGUGUUUGUCCAACGAGACUAUUCCGAGGGAACGAACGUUAAGUUUCAAACAAAGUUUCCACAAGAACUAGAUGGUUUGAUUGACAAGCAGACGUUCGAACAUAUGAUUACAACAUUGAAUUCUAUAUAUGCUGAAGCCGAGAAAAUGAGCGGACGAACCGUGUGUGAAGGUUGUCUUGCCUGUUUGACUGCCUACCUUCUGUAUGUGUGUAUAGACACACAUUAUGAAAAGUGUCUAAAAAGUAUAGCUGAUUUCAUAGAGGAGCAGAAUGAACGAGUAUGGAUGCCCAAAGGUCUCUUACUGACGGAUCCUGUGGAGCGGGGACUCAGGGUGAUAUCCUUC